GGUCUAGGCGGAUAGGAAUGCGGGCGCUGUGCGAACGAGGAGGAGAAAACGGGACGGUGGCGGCGUUUUCGGAAUCACGUUCAACUUCCUCACUCAGAUCAUCAGAUCACCGCGUCCGUGUCUCCAGGAGCCUCCGAGGUCACCAAGUGCUGCUGGGUUUCUGAGACAGAGUGUGUGUGUGUGUGUGUGUGUGUGUGUGUGUGUGUGUGUGUGUGUGUGUGUGUGUGUGUGUGUGUGUGUGUGUGUCGACAUGCCGCUCGCACAGCUGGCUGACCCCUGGCAGAAGAUGGCCAUAGGAAGUGAGGAGACUCAGCAGGUCUUAGAGGAUUCUCUAGGAGACGACGACAACGUGCCUUGUCAAGAUGAUGUGCCGGUGAAGGAGAUCAGCAUCACGCAUCAUGUGAAAGAGGGAUCGGAGAAGGCCGACCCCCAACAGUUUGAACUGCGCAAGGUCCUGGGCCAGGGCUCUUUCGGGAAGGUGUUUCUGGUGAAGAAAAUCACCGGGCCGGACGCAGGACAGCUGUACGCCAUGAAGGUGCUGAAAAAAGCCACACUGAAAGUACGUGAUCGCGUCAGGACUAAGAUGGAGCGAGACAUUCUGGUGGAGGUGAAUCACCCGUUCAUCGUCAAGCUGCACUACGCAUUCCAGACUGAGGGAAAGCUUUAUCUGAUACUCGACUUCCUGAGAGGAGGAGAUCUGUUCACUCGUCUAUCCAAAGAGGUGAUGUUCACAGAGGAGGAUGUGAAGUUUUAUCUGGCUGAACUGGCCUUGGCACUGGACCAUCUGCACGGGUUGGGAAUCAUCUACAGAGACCUCAAACCUGAGAACAUCCUGCUGGAUGAGGAGGGCCACAUUAAGCUGACAGACUUCGGCCUCAGUAAAGAGUCGAUCGAUCACGAGAACAAGGCGUACUCGUUCUGUGGGACGGUGGAGUACAUGGCUCCCGAGGUGGUGAACCGGCGAGGCCACACCCACAGCGCCGACUGGUGGUCGUACGGCGUGCUCAUGUUUGAAAUGUUAACCGGGACGCUUCCCUUCCAAGGCAAGGACCGCAAAGAGACCAUGACCAUGAUCCUGAAAGCGAAGCUGGGCAUGCCUCAGUUCCUCAGCCAGGAGGCUCAGAGUCUCCUAAGAAACCUGUUCAAACGAAACCCUUCCAACCGGCUGGGUGCAGGUCCAGACGGCGUCGAAGAAAUAAAGAGACACCAAUUUUACGCUUCUAUUGACUGGAACAAAUUAUUUCGGCGAGAGAUUCUGCCACCUUUCAAACCUGCUUCUGGGAGACCCGACGACACGUUUUACUUCGACCCAGAAUUCACAGCUAAAACUCCCAAAGACUCACCAGGUGUGCCCCCUAGUGCAAACGCUCAUCAGCUCUUCAGAGGUUUCAGCUUUGUGGCCAUCACCUCAGAGGAGGAAACACAGCCACUGCAGAGCAACAUCAGCUCUAUAGUGCAGCAACUUCACAGGAACACGUCACAGUUCGGAGACUCGUACGAGGUCAGGGAGGACAUCGGCGUCGGCUCGUACUCCAUCUGCAAGCGCUGCAUUCACAAAAACACCGGCAUGGAGUACGCCGUCAAGAUCAUCAACAAAGCCAAAAGGGAUCCGACGGACGAGGUGGAAAUCCUCUUACGCUACGGCCAGCAUCCAAACAUCAUCACUUUAAAGGAUGUGUACGACGACGGCCGCUCUGUUUUCCUGGUGACGGAGCUGCUUAAAGGAGGGGAGCUGCUGGAUAAGAUCCUCAGACAGAAGUUCUUCUCUGAGAGGGAGGCCAGCGCCGUGCUCUACACCAUCACCAAGACCGUGGAGUACCUUCAUGCGCAAGGGGUGGUCCACAGAGACCUUAAGCCCAGUAACAUUCUCUACGUGGACGAAUCCGGAAACCCGGAGUCCAUCCGGAUCUGUGACUUUGGCUUUGCCAAGCAGCUGAGAGCAGAAAACGGUCUCCUGAUGACGCCGUGCUACACCGCUAACUUUGUAGCACCAGAGGUGUUGAAGAAGCAGGGCUACGACGCUGCAUGUGAUGUCUGGAGUCUGGGGGUCCUUCUCUACACAAUGCUCACAGGCUUCACUCCGUUCGCCAACGGACCCGAAGACACGCCGGAGGAGAUUCUGGCUCGGAUCGGCAGCGGGAAGUUCUUGCUCACCGGCGGAUACUGGAACUCCGUCUCGGCCGAAGCAAAGGACCUGGUAUCUAAAAUGCUCCACGUAGAUCCUCAUCAGAGAUUAACGGCCGCACAAGUGCUGAGGCAUCCGUGGAUCGUCCACAAAGACCAGCUCCCCAAAUACCAGCUGAACAGACAGGACGCUCCUCAUCUCGUCAAGGGCGCCAUGGCUGCGACGUACUCCGCCUUGAACAGGAACGUUCCUCCCAUUCUAGAACCCGUGGGCUGCUCCAUUCUCGCUCAGCGUCGAGGAGUGAAGAAAGUGACCUCCACCGCACUCUGAAGCUCCGCCCAUUACACCAAGCAACCAACCACAGACCUCACGGCCUGGUGCAAGCACACGGCUCAGCCCCAUGCCUGCCUGUCUGCCUGCCUGCCGCCCAGCCUGACACACACCUGACACCCAGCCUGCUGCCCAUCCGCCCCUCGACCUAAGGGCAAGCCUGGGCUCUGAGGCCCCCUGGUGGACCAUCCGAAUCUUCCUCAUCUGCCACCGAAGCGGAUCAAUAAAAUCUUUGGAAAAAAGCAUCCGGAACAUUCUGUAGACUUUUUUUGGGAAACAAGAGACUGACUCAUGCAUAUGAACUUGUAAUAUACUGUAAUAUUCUUUUUAUAUAAAGCUGGUAGAGAACAAUAUUAUUGUAUUAAAGAGACUGUACGCUGUUGUGUUAUGAGAGAACAGAGAUCAACAAAAUGUUCACUAUUUCUCUGCAAAAAAAGAAGCAAAACACACUCCAGAUUAUACACUUGUUACGAAUCGAAUGGAUUUUUUUUCAAACCUGAUUUUAUUCUUAUUUUUCUGGGAAAAAAAAAAUCAAGCGUAAUAUUAAAUUCUUUACUUUCUGUUCCAGAGAUAUAAACAUCGUUAUGUACCAAAAUAAAAUCAAAGAAUUUUUAUCAAGCUUUAAGGAAAGAAACUAAACUCUGAUUGGCUAAGCAUGAGGGUUAUGGAGGAUUUGAAUAUGAGGUUUAGAUAAUAUAGUGAUUAUGAUUACAAACAGUACGUAUGUUCAAUUAAACUGCUUUUUUUUUUGUACAAAAUGUUUGGAAUUUGCCUUUAAAAGUAUAUCAUUUAAAUUACGUUUUGAAUAAUUAAUAGUUUUGAGAUUCAGAAUAAAUAACCAAGGGCCAAAAAAAAUCACUAGUGAAAUAUGCAGAUUUAUGUAAAUGAUAUGCAAAUUCAGCUAAAGGUCAAACAUCUGGAGAUUUCUAAAAAAAAAAAAAAAAAACUUUCAGAUUUCAGUCAAAUAAAAUCGUUAUAUUUACUCGAUGCCCAGUUGAACUAUUUAGCUAACAUUUUACCUGGUUAGGCUUUAGUUAGUUAUUUAAAUUGGUGACCUUAUUAGUUAGUUAUUUAAAUUGGUGACUUUAAAACACCUUUUAGCCUAAUUUACAUAAAAUGCACAUUUGAAAGAAUUUUCAUUCUUAAUCUUUAAAUCGUAAUCCAUAAUUUAAAGUUCUGUACCAUUCUGUAUUAGUUAAAAAAAAAAACACCACAGGGGGGAAAAAACAAUUACAUGUGAGUUUAGUAUCAUUCUGAUAAACAUGAUGAGCAUCAUGUAAAACUUAAAGCCAUCAGAAGACAGAAAUUCCUUUUUCUUCUUUUUUAGUUUGAAUUAAAAACCCUAUUAAAAAAAAACGUGGAAGGUUCUGUAAAUGAUCCCGGAGCCCAGACAGAGAUGCGAUAAAGUGAUGAUGUGUAAUUUUCACUCAGCCUUCAGCUUUCCAGACGACGUUAAAGAGCACAAACACACCGCAGCACGUGACUUUAUCAGACUCAGGUUCACGAGACGCAUAAAUACUCGGACGUCCUCGCGUGUUUUUUUUUGUUUUUUUGUCUUUUUGUUUUUUUUUUAACGUGCUUUUGUGAAAAUAAUUGAAUUUGAGUUAAAGAGAAAAUGGAUUUCUGAGCACUAUUACGUAUAUUUUUUUAUAACCGCCCUAAAUAGCUGCUUUACAUAAUGUUAGUAUGUGGAAAUCUAGCAGCUCGUGCUUGAUGUGUGUGUGUGUGUGUGUGUGUGUGUGUGUGUGUGUGG